GAGAUAGAGAGAGGGAGGAUAGGGAUCGGGAGCGAAUUCUGUGCCCCUGCCCGGCCCGCGACAGCGACGCGGGCGGCACAGCGGGGCUCGCGGGCUACAGAGACGCGAGGGGGCGAGGGAGAGGGACAGGCCGCGCGCGCACGCCACCGCGCUCCAUUGGACGCCCCGUUGCCAUCACGCCGAUUAAACUAGUCGAUCGCCCGGCCUCGCCAGCUUGCUUGCUUCUCGCCUGCGAUCCGGCUGCCCCCCGUUUGUUUCCUCCUUCCUCUUCCCCAGCAGCAGGGAAGGCAGGUGGUUCGGCGAGCGAGCGAGCUAGGGGAGGCUAGCCUAGCUCUAGGUAAGGGGGUGAGCCAGGUCGUCAUCGUCCGGCGGCCAUGGAGGGCGAGGAUGACGUGCCGGAGUGGAUGAUGGAGGUCGGCGGCGGCGGGGGCAAGGGCAAAGGCGGCGGCGGCGGGCUGGACAAGAACAAGAAGCGCUUCAGCGAGGAGCAGAUCAAGUCGCUCGAGUCCAUGUUCGCGACGCAGACCAAGCUGGAGCCGCGCCAGAAGCUGCAGCUGGCGCGGGAGCUCGGCCUGCAGCCGCGCCAGGUCGCCAUCUGGUUCCAGAACAAGCGCGCGCGCUGGAAGUCCAAGCAGCUCGAGCGCGAGUACUCGGCGCUCCGCGACGACUACGACGCGCUCCUCUGCAGCUACGAGUCGCUCAAGAAAGAGAAGCACGCGCUGCUCAAGCAGCUGGAGAAGCUAGCCGAGAUGCUGCAGGAGCCGCGGGGGAAGUACGGCGGCAAUGCCGGCGCCGGCGCCGGGGAAGACAUGCGCCCGGGCGCCGGCGGCAUGAAGGAGGAGUUCGCGGACGCUGGGGCGGGGCUCUACUCCUCCGAGGCCGCCGACGGCGGCAAGUUCGCGCACUUCACGGACGACGACGCCGGCGCCCUCUUCCGGCCGUCGCCGCAGCAGCCGCCCGCGGGGUUCACCAUGUCGGGGCCGCCGGAGCCGCACCAGCCGUUCCAGUUCCACUCGACCUGCUGGCCGUCGUCGGCGACGGAGCAGACCUGCAGCAGCUCGCAGUGGUGGGAAUUCGAGUCCCUGAGUGAGUGAUCGACCACCUACUCGAUCGCCAGAUCAUGACGCGACGAUCACAAGCGGCGGGCCACUCGGACAUCGGAGCACGUAAGGUCGAAGAACACGAGCCCGCAGAGGUGAUCAGCCCCGGAGCGACGGUGUACAUAGCUUCACCAUUAGAUCGAUCAAACUCCAGUUCUCUACGUCCAGGCAGUCUCUUCCCCUCAUCAUCAUCAUCAUCAUCAUGCAAACGAAAUUUUCUCUUUUUUUUCUUCCCCCCUGCUGUCGCUACCAGCAGAUCAUGUAAUCCAGGAACAUGUAGAGAAAGAUCGAAACCAAGCUAUAGAGAGAAGGUCACAUGCGAGCUAGUUGAUUUGCCAUGUUCUUCGA